AUGGAAAAGCUUCCGGAUGAUUGUCUUUCACAGGUUUUUUAUUUCUUGUUAGAUGAUAAAACUUCCCUACACGCUUCAAUCUUGGUGAAUCGAAAAUGGUGCAAAAUAGCUAUCAACUUCUUAUGGAGAAGGCCAUUCUAUUUUGUGUUGGCAGAUAAAAACACAAUUAACUAUACUUUUAGUCGACGUAAAAGGACCGGAAUGCUUAUGGAAGUCAUCUUGUCUUGCUUGACAAGUGAUGAAAACUCGAACAAUAAUAAUAUUAAGAAAAUUUAUAAUUUAAGAAACUCGUCACGAGCAUCAAGAGAAAGGGUAAUUAUUGAAAAAGGUCCUAUCUUUAAUUAUGUUGGAUUCAUUCGACAACUUGACCUUGAUGAUUUAGGACUUGCAAUCGCAGAAUGGGCUGAAUAUUGUUGUUCUCAAGAUUCUAAUAUUAAUAAUGAAACAUCUUUACAACGAAAUGUAACAUUUGCUACUUUAUUAUCACGUAGAAUUACAAGAAAUUCAAUUUGUAAAAGCUUUAAAAACAACAAAUCAUUCAUCAAAGAAAUUGCCGAAAGAAUUUGUAAAAUUUUGGUAACAAAAAUUUCCAGAAUUGAUUCACUUUCGGUUAAACCUAUAUGUCUUUCGAGAUGUAUAGAACCUUCUAUUAUAAUUAGGGAUCACCUUGUUGAAAAUUCCGUUUACAAAAAUAUUAUUAAUGAAUAUAUGGGAUUUAUUACAUACCCUGGUGCAAAUGAUUGUUUGUCUAAGCUCUUAGAAUUUUCAUGGAAUAGCUGCUCAAGAUCAAUUCAAGUUGUAAAAGAACUUUCAUUGGUGACAUCCAGUGUAAAAAAAAUAUCAUUUGACAUAAAAAAUAAUGUAGAGAUUUUAGUUUUUGAUGCCAUGAUAUCAUUGAUCGCAGCACAAACAGCAUUAACGGAUUUUGAGAUUUCUAACUUCGAGAUAACUAAUUCUAUUUUGAUGGAAACUCUCGCAAGACAUAUGAAUACCUUGACUCGAUUAUCUUUUAAUUGUAUAAAUAUUUCUAAAUCGGAAAACAUUUCAAUCAUAAUGCAAUUUAAAAAGUUAGAAGAACUUGAAAUUAUUAGUUGUAAACUUGAGAGUAGAGAACCUUGGCCAUUAAAUUUAGAAAAUUUUCCUAAUAUGAUUGUAUAUCGAAUAGAUGAUGUAUUCCCAACAACUAUCGCAAUGAAAGAUAACAACGACUCAAUGUUAGGAAAUUUAGGUACUAUGUUGAAUACUUUCGUGUAUAAUCAAUUUCAGUCUUAUAAUUCGGAAACCACCAGAUCAAUCAUUGAGAAUAUCGAAAAUUGUACUAAUUUGACACAUUUUGAAUGUGAUGCGGAAAUUGAUUCAAUUAAUCUAUUAAUGCCAAUUUUUUUAUUAUCGACACGGCUUCAGACGAUUAUUAUCAAGAAUAGACGACGUUCAUUAGAUAUGAAUGAAAUGUUGAGAGCUGUUCGAUUAACACGAUUGAGUCAUUUAGAACUCGAAGGAUAUUGGCGAUUUACAUCAGAUUCACUGGAAACCUUUCUCAUCAAUUCAAAUCCAUUGCUUAAAACCUUAUCAUUACAUUAUUCAAAUUGUUUUGAAGAUGAUCACCUUGAAGUUUUAUUAAGAAAUUUAAGUGGAGUAUUGCAAAAGAUUGAUUUGAAAGGAAUGACAAAAAGGUUGAGUUUCGAUAUGAGGAAAAAAGCACAUCGAAUUUAUUUUUCGUCUUCCCUAUCAAUAUCAACAAAAAUUAAACGAAAUAAUGGGUGA